GGGAGGCUCUUGUGUUUACAUCAAUGCGUUCAAGAGCAGCUGGUGUUGGCUGUGUAUCUCUAAAUGUUUCGGUUUUAUUUUCGUCUAAAUCUUGAGGCGCGCCAAUAUUCCCAGUCCUAAAUCAUAGCGUAAUAACAGGAGACCACUGCAGUUAGCGACGGAAACGCGACAACACGACAGUUGUAACCAGUUUGUAUUAAAUUGUUGGCGUCAUGGACGAAUUAGCGGUGGAAGUCAGAGGGACGAGUGGCGCUUUCUACAAGGCUUUUGUAAAGGAUGUGCACGAAAACACAGUCACAGUGUCUUUUGAGAACAACUGGCAACCAGAACGACAGAUUCCCUUUCAUGACGUUCGGUUUCCGCCUCCUGCCGGGGUUCAGAAGGAGAUCAGUGAGAGUGAUGAAGUUGAGGUGUACUCCAGAGCCAACGACAAGGAACCGUGUGGGUGGUGGCUGGCCAAAGUGCGUAUGGUCAAAGGAGAGGUGAGCAGCAGUGCGACGAUUGAUCUGGAUGUGUGGCAGAAAAAAGCAGCUGAACAAUUUUAUGUCAUAGAGUAUGCAGCCUGCGAUGCCACGCUUAACGAGAUCGUCACAUUAGAGAGGCUACGGCCCGUGAACCCAAACAAGGCCUCUUCGAAGAACACCUUCCUGAAGAUCAGACUGGAUGUACCUGAAGACCUGCGGCAGAUCUGCGCAAAAGACUCGGCUCAUAAAGAUUUCAAAAAAGCGGUUGGCGCCUUCAAUGUCUCGUACGACUCAGAUAAAAAACAGCUGGUUAUUCUGUCAGUGAACGAGGUGACGACCAAGCGUGCGGGCAUGCUGACAGACAUGCAUUUCCGUAGCCUGCGCACCAAGCUGGCCCUCAUGCUUCGGAAUGAGGAAGCCAGUCGUCAGCUGGAGAGCUCACGGCAGUUAGCGUCGAGGUUCCACGAGCAGUUUGUGGUGCGGGAGGACCUGAUGGGGUUGGCCAUAGGCACGCACGGAGCAAACAUUCAGCAAGCCCGCAAGGUCCCUGGUGUCACCAACAUAGACCUGGACGAGGAGACCUGCACCUUUCACAUCUAUGGAGAGGACCAAGAGGCUGUGCGGAAAGCUAGGAGCUACCUGGAGUUUUCAGAAGACAUUAUUAAAGUGCCCAGGAAUUUAGUAGGUAAAGUUAUUGGGAAAAGCGGAAAACUGAUUCAGGAGGUCGUGGACAAAUCUGGUGUUGUCCGAGUAAGAGUGGAACCAGAAAAUGACAAAAAAUCUUCCCCGUUGGAGGAGGGCAUGGUGCCAUUUGUGUUUGUUGGCACAAAAGAGAGCAUUUCAAAUGCUCGCAUCCUGCUUGAUUACCACCUGAACUACCUGAAGGAGGUGGACCAGCUGCGACUGGAGAGGCUUCAGAUCGAUGAGCAGCUGAGGCAGAUUGGGGGAGGACCCAGGGCUCCGCCAGGCAGGCCAGAGAAGGAGAAGCCCUUCAGUGCUGAUAAUGGCAUGGGACCAUCACGUGGGGGCAAGCCUUUCGGUCGCGGGGCCCGGGGACGACGGGGCCCUACGUUUGCCUCAGGCACCAAUUCAGAAGCCUCCAAUGCAUCAGAGACUGAGUCUGACCACAGGGAUGAGCUAAGCGACUGGUCCCUCGCCCCCACGGAUGAAGAAUCCAUGGGUUACCCCAAACGCGUGCCAGAUGGACGUAAGCGGGGCGGGGGCGCCCGCGGCCGUGGUGGAAGAGGCAGAGGAGGAUACAAGACGGAGGACAUGCACUGGAGUGAUUCACGCUCUCGUAGCUCCCGGGACACCAAGCCCCGUCCCCAGGAGGACUCCCUACAGAUCCGUGUUGACAGCAAUAACGAGAGGAGCGUUCAUGCUAGCCGGGGUCCCCACGGAGCAACGGUGGAGUCAAGCGCCCCUCGUCAGCGGCCCGUUAAGGACAGAGGGCCGAAGAAGGAGAAGCCAGAGGGGCCAGACAGCCAGGUCGUGGUGAAUGGCGUGUCGUAAGCGCAAGUGCCCUGCCCCCGCCCCCAAAACUUCCCCUCAACUCCACCAAUCCAGAAGCUUCUUCAUUAGAGACACAUUAGGCCAAAGAGAACCAGGUCAGUAGGGCUGUCACGAGACAUGACAUCAAGCACAUUUUGUAAUUGUAAACGGGGGUAAUAAGACAAAAGGUCUCUGGCAAGUGCCGUCUUGAAUUUUGUAGUGUACAUUGCUUAGAGAUGCUGGUCUCUAAAUCACAACAGAAGCUAGAGUUUUUUGUAAACGACUUUGUAGGCAAACUACCUACAAAGAUAACCGAAGCUGUUGGGGAAAUGCAUUUCAAAAAAUGUGUGUUUUAACUCUUUCGUUCUCCAUAACCUCAAGGGAAAGACAUCAAGAGUAGGAAUUCAGACGUUACACGCCACGUCAAAUGGCUUUUUUUUUCCCCCCCCCUGCCUGUCGGUGUCCAUGGUUACUAGAGCUCAUCCUGAUGUGAGAGUCCAUCCACAUCACUAGCAAAAAGGAAAAAAAGAAAAGGAAAAUGUCAAAAGGAAAAAAAAAUGUAGACGUAAAAUGCUCCUAUAUGAUCUGUGCCUUUUAACUAGUAUGGAUAGUUUCAGAAUUUGGAUGUGUAAAUCAGGGAAGAAGAUAUGAACAUUUGUCCCAACUAACGCUUGUGUUGCAACCUCAGCCAGCCACUGGAGAAAAAGGAAAAAAAAAGGGCAACAAAACAACAAAAAAAAAAAUCAUCUUUUGUGGUGCAUGUACAGUAUUUCAUACCCAUAAUUUUUGUACUUCAUACAGUUCGUCAUUUUCUGUCAUGCUGUGGCUGAGGUCUGAGUGGGUAGAGAAACUAAUGUUUUCCUGACCUAGUCUUCACCAAGCGCUGUAGUGAAGCAUUGUAUUUAACCACUAAAAGAUACGAUACAUAGACAAUACAUUUUCAAAACAACCACUUGUUGUCAUUUGUAUUCUAGGUUUAUUCUUUUUUCUUUUUUUUUUUUAAGUUACAUAAUCGCAGUGGUCUUUUUUUUUUCUCUCUCUCUCUUCAAACAUUUAACAAUUAUUUUGUUGGCGGCAUUUUGCAGACUGUUUCUAUAGUACUCCCAGUAUUUGCCAUUCAGACUUUUGUGACGUGUCCCCCCCCCCCCCGACAGGGUGUCCAUGAAACACUGUUCAUAUGAUACUCUGUCCUGACUACGGUAUACUGCCAGCUGUCCUGCUGGAUUUCUGUCUUGUUGUCAUGUUCAGGUGUGAAGCACCAAUAUCAGAUAUGUCUGUAACCGUGUCACUGUCCUUAACAAUGACUCAUCAUAGAAUUCAAACAUUUAGCGGCGGGUUGCAUACUGUAUAUUAUCACACGUUAAGAGAUUGUCGCUGUUCUUUUGGAUUGAACUUUAAAUGUGCACUUAUCAUGUUUGUGUUGCUCUGCAAGUACUUAAUCUAUUAAACUCUAAUAAACUAGAAUGUGAUAAGACUUCUCAGCAGGUGAAUCACACAUAUGCUGUCAACAUAAUGAACUGAUAUAUUUGCUAAUUUUGAGUCUACUGUACUUUUGCAGCUGAACUUGCUUAGGGCAGAAAGGAGGGAGAUAUGGCGUUAAGUUUGAUAUAAAACCCGUUUUUCUUAUCGGAUCAGUGCUUGUGCAUUUACAUUUUAGUUUACAUUUUGAGAAGACGUGAUGCUGUUCUGAACCCACAGGCUUUUUUUUUUUUUGUUAAACCUACUGUGACAGUGAUCCUGGUAGUUUUUUCUCUCCUCCCUCUCUCUCUCUGUUUUUUUUUUUUUAUUAUUUUACUGUACAGCUAGUAGCUCUUCAUUUAUAACCAAUUGGAUCUUUUUUCCUCUUGCUGUACGCUUGCUAAAUUCUUUUGGCAAAAAAAGAAAAGGAGAAAAAAAAAAACUGCCUUAGUUGUUGUAGUUUAAAGCCCACUCUUAAAGCGAUCUGCCCAGAUCAAUAUUCUGUGGAAAUGAAUAGCUUGUCACAGGCAGUGGAAUUCCACAGACAGAAGUCACUCUCGCUCUCCACAGAGGUGGUUCGGCGUGUCAGCCCUGAACUCACCAACCACACCCCCCCCCCCCCCCCGCCGUUCUUAAUCUAAGACUAAUGCAAGCGUUAAAUGGUUUACUCUCAGUGGUUUUACAACCUGCUCAUCUGAGGCGCAGUCUGUUAGCGGAAAAAGAAAAAGAAAAUACGUUCCAAGGCUCUGAAGCGUUGCCAAACAGACUGUUUUCUAGUUAUUUAUUUUUUUCGGAGUGUACAUGAAUUUACAAACUGGCAAAAUUGUAAAACCAUCUCUUGCACACAUUGUAGGCUGUCGUGGUCUAAAGAUGAAUUGAGCAGAAGAAAAAAAAAAAGGCAAACUGUAGAUACUGAACCAAGGUAGACUGACCUUGUAUGUUACUGCACUUUGGGUAAUAAUUUCUUUGUACAUAAUAGCAGAACAGACUGGGUUUUAUGUUGACAUUGUUUGGUUAUAGUGCAAUAUAUUUUGUAUGCAAGCAGUUUCAAUAAAUAAAGGUUGAUCUUCCUCUGCAAACGC